CAUUGGUGCACCAGUGAAAGUAUUCUCCACUGACUGCAACUAGCAUCUGCAUUUCUUCGUUCGACUUGACUUAUAACGCACCGAGCUUUCCCACUUACAAUAUCCAGUAAUUUUUCAUAAAGAAAAUCGAAGAUUCAAUCACCGCACCAUGUUUUUCCCUAUCGGACUAAUCGUGACAUAUUUCGUGGCAUUCAGUGCUUCCCAGACACCUCCUGAGUAUGUUAAACAGUGCUCCAGAAGUGAUCCACAAUUGAAAUCCUGUUUGAUCGAUGCUCUUCAUCACCUGAGACCUUAUCUCAAGGAUGGAAUACCAGAAAUCGAAUUACCAUCGGUAGAACCAUUCAAGAUGGAUGAGCUGACCCUCUCCCUAACAGGUGGCAUAAAUGGCUACAGAGUGCAACUGCGAGAGCUUUUCGUCAAAGGCGCCAGUAACUUCACUGUCAUGAACAUAAAGCUGGGGUCUCCCUUUGAGGCGAUUGUGACGAUGCCAGUACUGGCACUGAAUGCCAAUUACCAGAGUUCUGGAGUGUUAAUUAUUCUUCCUGCGAGCAGUAACGGCACAUUCCACGCCAGAUUCGAUUACGUUGAGGCCCUGGUCAGGGGCACGUUGUCCACGUCCAUUAAGGAUGGGAAAACCUAUCUUCAUGUGGAGGAACUUGAUGUGCAAUUACGUGUUAAGGACGUAUUCAUGCGCGUCAGGAAAGACUCCACUCGCAAUCGCAUAAUCAGUGAAGCAACGAAUUUGUUCCUCCGGGAAAAUGGCCAGGAGGUGCUAAAGAUCAUGGAGCCACAGUUGAAGAAGAAACUGUCAGUAUUAUUUUCAGGUAUUGUCAAUCAAUUACUUCGGCAUGUGCCAGUGGAGACGUUCCUCCUACCGUAACAGUGAGAUAACAAAACUCAUCUCAAUUAGUUUCUGUUCUUCGAUAGUUUUUUUUUUAUCUGCUGGUGAAUGUUACAAGAUAAGCUGAUAUAUCUCCGUUGACAGUAGUCAAUUAAUAUGACAGAUAUACAGUAGGAAUAUAAAAUGUAAAAUGGUGGUUAAAUUAA